GGCGACUGUUGCUGGCAGCCACUGCCCACUAGGUUCAACGAGGGCGGCAGCUGGUGCAGCAGCUGCACGCUGAGGUGCCCAUAAACGCCACCUACUAAGGUACUCCUCAGCAGUUGUCCAUGGUGGUCGUUUGUUAGCGUGUUGCCCAUCUCCACCCCAGCCGCGCUGAGCGUGUACCUUACCGUACCAAUCUUGCCAAUAUCGCCUGAAGCCGCCAGCCCAGACGUCAUUUGCGGCGAAAUAGCUAUCGAUAAAGCUCCUUUGAGCUGGCCAGCGAAGGCUCGUUCCAGCUCAAUUCACUCAUCUCCUACCACCCGCUUGCCACCUAGAAUCAUAUCAUCUUCACACCCCUUACCAGAGCUUGACGAUUGCUUUCAAACACGCCGCCCAGCACAUCGGCUCGGAACCCGUGCUGUCCCCUUCGUUCGAGCUCGUGGCCAAGCAAGAGGCUGGAGCCCGGUCAUCCCCUCCUACCCCGCCUAGCAACACGACCAGGCACCCGUGAUACCCAGGCCAACAACAUGGCUUCCGCUGUCGAAAACUCUUCCAACUCGUUGGACUCCAACAACCAGGGUGCAGCUACUGGUGGAAUACCUCCUGACGGCACCGGCGUCGUGAAGCUCGAUCCCUACCUCGAACCCUUCGCUGACGCGCUUCGACGACGCUAUGCCAAGGCUCAAAGUUGGAUCAAGUCGAUCAACGAGACUGAAGGUGGUGUCGAGAAAUUCUCAAGGGGCACAGAGAAGUUUGGAUUCAAUGUGGACGACAAGAACAACAUAGUGUACAGAGAAUGGGCCCCAAAUGCCACUGCGGCCUUUCUUAUCGGUGAAUUCAACAACUGGGAUCGCACCUCGCACCCGAUGAAGAAGGAUGACUUCGGCGUCUUCGCAAUUGAGAUUCCAGCUCAAAACGGCCAGCCUGCCGUACCUCACAAGUCCAAGAUCAAGAUCUCACUUGAUUUGCCCACGGGAGAGCGAGCCGACAGGAUUCCAGCAUGGAUUAAGUAUGUCACGCAAGACCUGACUGUCUCUCCGGCAUAUGAGGCUCGUUUCUGGAACCCUCCAGCAGCAGAAAAGUACCAGUUCCGGCACUCAAGACCCAAGAAGCCCGCCAGCGCACGCGUGUACGAGGCGCAUGUGGGAAUUUCCAGCCCAGCGCAAAGGGUGGCAACUUACAAAGAAUUCACCAAGAACAUGCUGCCUCGAAUCAAAGAGCUAGGGUACAAUGUCAUCCAACUGAUGGCCAUUAUGGAACACGCCUACUAUGCCAGCUUCGGAUACCAAGUCAAUAGUUUCUUUGCAGCGAGCAGCCGCUAUGGUCCGCCGGAAGACCUCAAAGAGCUUAUUGAUACCGCACACAGCAUGGGCUUGGUUGUACUUCUCGAUGUCGUGCACAGCCAUGCAUCCAAGAACGUUCUUGAUGGCUUGAACGAGUUUGACGGUACAGACCAUCAAUACUUCCACAGCGGUGGCAAGGGCCGUCACGAUCAGUGGGAUAGUCGACUGUUCAACUAUGGCCACCACGAGGUGUUGCGAUUCCUCCUCAGCAAUCUGCGGUUCUGGAUGGAUGAGUACCAAUUCGAUGGUUUCCGGUUUGACGGUGUCACAAGCAUGCUCUACACGCAUCAUGGCAUGGGCACGGGGUUCUCUGGCGGCUACCACGAGUAUUUCGGCGCCGAUGUUGACGAGGAGGCUGUUGUUUAUCUCAUGCUCGCGAACGAAAUGCUGCAUUCCCUCUACCCACACUCCAUCAGCAUCGCCGAGGAUGUCUCCGGUAUGCCUGCCCUGUGCCUACCGCUAUCCCUCGGGGGCGUCGGCUUCGACUAUCGCCUAGCGAUGGCCAUCCCAGAUAUGUGGAUCAAGAUUCUCAAGGAGCUCAAGGACGAGCAAUGGGACAUUGGCAACAUAUGUUUCACCUUGACCAACCGCCGUCACGGCGAGAAAACAAUUGCGUAUUGCGAAAGCCAUGAUCAAGCGCUCGUAGGAGACAAGACAUUGAUGAUGCAUCUCUGUGAUGCUGAGAUGUAUACCAACAUGUCGGUUCUAUCCCCGCUGACGCCCGUCAUCGAUCGUGGCAUGGCUCUCCACAAGAUGAUCCGUCUUCUUACCCACAGCCUGGGCGGCGAAGGAUACUUGAACUUUGAGGGCAACGAGUUCGGACACCCUGAAUGGCUCGACUUCCCCCGUGAGGGAAACAACAACUCAUUCUGGUACGCGCGCCGGCAACUCAACCUGACUGAGGACCAUCUGCUUCGCUACCAGUUUCUAAACACCUUUGAUGCCCUUAUGAAUAACUGCGAGGCCAAAUACGGCUGGCUUCACUCGCCGCAGGCAUUCAUCUCAUUGAAGCACGAGGGAGAUAAGGUAAUCGUUUUUGAGCGCGCGGGACUCGUCUUUGUAUUCAAUUUCCACCCGACCGAGAGCUUUAGCGACUACCGCAUCGGGAUCGAGGUCCCUGGGACGUAUCGCAUCGUCUUGAACAGCGACUCCAAGGAGGUUGGCGGAUUUAACAGGCUCGACGAGAACACGCGCUUCUUCACGACCCCGAUGGAAUGGAACGGCCGCAAGAACUGGACUCACAUCUAUAUUCCUUGUCGCACCGCCUUGAUUCUCGCGCUCGAAAACACCGUAUCGCAGCAACAGUAGUAGGGUGCGGGCCAGGCAAGGUUCGAUUCAUGUCAACGAAACGCAUGUGGAACAGAUGAAACUGGGGAAAACCCUGCGUGUAAUGUUGAUUCAUAAGGCAGGUUGCGGAUCCCAGCUACGAAAGCCUUUAAUGUAUGAAGUAACAGCAAUGAGAAUUACUGCCAAAAGAGACCGAGCCCGUUUGCAGGCAGCUAGUUUCAUGGAAAAGUUGUGAACACUGACAA